AUGGGUGAUUUUUAUGCAUCAAAGGAUUUUAGGGGUUGGAAUAAGGCUCUUGAAAGAUUUCGUUUACAGGCAAAAAGUGAGUACCGAAUUCGUUUGGAAGCUUCAAUUGAUGUGGCAAGACUUCUUUUGUAUCAUGGAUUGCCUUUUCGAGGUCAUGGCGAAAGUGAAGCUUCAACUAAUCAAAGCUACUUUUUAGGAUUUUUGCGGUGGCAUGGAGACAAACAUCCAGAUGUGGAAAAAGUGAUAUUGGAGAAAGCUCCACAAAAUGAUACUUUGACUUGUCCUAUAAUUCAAAAGGAUAUUGUCAAUGCUUGUGAGAAAGAAACAUUGAAAGUUAUAAUUGAGGACUUGAAUGGAGAUCACUUUGGGAUAUUAGUUGAUGAAUCCAAAGACAUCUCACACAAUAGAACAAAUGGUUCUUGUUUUGAGAAAGAAAUUUAUUCUUUGCUUUCUGAUCACUCACUAAGUCCAUCCAAAAUACGUGGACAAGGUUAUGAUGGAGUUAGUAAUAUGAAAGGAGAGAUAAAUGGUCUCAAAACUUUAAUUAUGAAAGAUAGUUCUUCGGCAUAUUAUAGUCAUUGUUUUGCACAUCAAUUGCAACUAACACUUGUUGUUAUUGCUAAAAAACAUUUGGAAGUUGAAGAAUUUUUUGAUCAUGUGACUAAUGUGUUGAAUGUUGUUGGAGGAUCUUUUAAGCGUAGAGAUUUGCUUCGUCAUCACCAAGCCGAAAAUUUGAAGCAAUUACUUGAGUCCGGUGAAGCUUAUACCGAACAAGGAUUACAUCAAGAACGUGGGCUUCAAAGACCGGGUGAUACUCGUUGGGGAUCACAUUUUAAAACAUUGGAUAACUUUCUUGUUAUUUUCUCAUUUAUUGUUCAUGUGUUUGAAGUGAUUGAAAUUGAAGGUUCUACCCCAAGUGAUAGAAAUCAAGCGGAAUAUCUUUUGACAAAGGUCAAAACAAUACUUGAUGUUGAAAGUGUUGGCCAUGUCAAAUGA